CUUGUACACAGGACAGCAUGAAGGAGUACAUGAUGCUACUGCUUUUGGCUGUGUGCUCUGCCAAACCUUUCUUUAGCCCUUCACACACAGCACUGAAGACUAUGAUGUUGAAGGAUAUGGAAGACACAGAUGAUGAUGACAACGAUGAUGAUGACAAUUCUCUCUUUCCAACCAAAGAGCCAGUGAACCCCUUUUUUCCUUUCGAUUUGUUUCCAACAUGCCCAUUUGGGUGCCAAUGUUACUCCCGAGUCGUCCACUGUUCUGAUCUAGGUUUGACAUCAGUUCCAAGCAACAUUCCAUUUGAUACUCGAAUGGUUGACCUUCAAAAUAAUAAAAUUAAGGAAAUUAAAGAAAAUGAUUUUAAAGGACUCACUUCACUUUACGCUCUGAUUCUGAACAACAACAAGCUAACAAAGAUUCACCCAAAAACCUUUCUAACAACAAAGAAGUUGCGAAGGCUAUAUUUAUCCCACAAUCAACUAAGUGAAAUUCCACUUAACCUUCCCAAAUCAUUAGCAGAACUCAGAAUUCAUGAUAAUAAAGUUAAGAAAAUACAAAAGGACACAUUCAAGGGAAUGAACGCUUUACAUGUUUUGGAAAUGAGUGCAAACCCUCUUGAUAACAAUGGGAUAGAACCAGGGGCAUUUGAAGGGGUGACAGUCUUCCAUAUCAGGAUUGCUGAAGCAAAACUAACCUCCAUCCCGAAAGGACUACCACCAACUUUACUGGAGCUUCAUUUAGAUUUUAAUAAAAUUUCAACUGUGGAGCUUGAAGAUUUUAAACGAUACAAGGAACUGCAAAGGCUGGGUCUUGGAAACAACAAAAUCACAGAUAUUGAAAAUGGAACUUUUGCUAAUAUACCACGUGUGAGAGAGAUCCACUUGGAACACAAUAAACUAAAAAAAAUCCCUUCAGGAUUACAGGAGUUGAAAUACCUCCAGAUAAUCUUCCUUCAUAAUAAUUCAAUUACAAAAGUGGGAGUGAAUGACUUCUGUCCAACAGUGCCAAAGAUGAAGAAAUCUUUGUACAGUGCAAUAAGUUUAUUCAACAACCCAAUGAAGUACUGGGAGAUACAACCUGCAACGUUUCGCUGCGUUGUUGGCAGAAUGAGUGUUCAGCUUGGGAAUGUUGGAAAAUAAUAAUUAAUGACACCCAUUCAAUAUAAAACUCAAAAGUGUGUACAUUUGGAAUACUUGAACUGUUCUAAUAAUGGUAAUAUUAUACACAUAAGCAAAAAUCUAUUCCAUAUGGUCAAUGACAAAAAGUUUCAACAGAAUUUUGCCUAAUUAUUGAUACUCAGAAUAAACGUCCAUUGCAGUAUCCCUUUGCAAAUGAA